CGUUAUACAUAUACAUGUAUAUAUAUAUAUCAGAAAACCGUAAGAAAAGUGGUUAGUUCAGUUCGGUCGUCAGAUCAAAAAAUAAAAAUAGUUCAGUUCGGUCGGGGGAAGGUAAUGAUGGAGAAUCCGCUUCAACGUUGUAGGUCUCAGAACAAGAAAAAGAAGAGAGAUGGGUACAACCCAGGUUGUGAUGAGUAUAAUAGGGAUAGAAUCAGUGAAUUGCCAGAAGAGAUUCUGGGGAGGAUAGUUUGUGGGUUGCCGCUGAAAGAGGCGGCGGCUACAAGUAUCCUUUCCAAGCGAUGGCGCUGGAUCUGGACCCUAAACAAAAAUCUGGACUUCGAUGCCCACCAAACUCUCAACCGCAUAUUAGACUCAAAGAACUAUGCUAAACUACUCAAGCAUGAGAGGCGAAAGUACAUCGACAAAGUAAACAGUGUAAUUACUCAGCGUAGCAAAACAAACAACAUGGUCGUCGGCAUCGAUCGGUUUCGGAUCGAUUUUGAUCUGAGUCGUAAGCAUUCAUCUUCCAUUGAUAGUUGGAUUGAUUUUGCCAUGAAAAACAGAGUUCAUAUUCUCGAAUUGGAAUUGUUUGAACUUGGUGGAAUUAGAGUGAUUUACGACUGCUAUAUUCUUCGCAAAGAGCAAUUUGAUCCCAUUGCGCUUAACUCCCUCAAAGUGCUUAAUUUAGCAUGCGUUGACAUCAGUGGAAAGGUUGUGGAGUGGUUGUUGUCUAAUUGUCCUCUUCUUGAACGAUUAAAAAUUGUUGCUUCUACCAAAUUGAUCAAAUUGAGAAUUUUGGGAGGGCCUUUGAAGCAUUUAGAGAUUAGCCGGUGUAUCGAUUUGAAAACCCUUAAAAUCCAUGAUGCUCAAAACCUUGUUUCAUUAUAUUCUCUGUCCAAUUCUAGUUAUAAAUUCCGUUUGAGGAAUGUACCUAAGCUUGUUCACCUAUUCAUCAAUGCCAAUUUCGGUUUGGAGGGCCAACAACUUGGCAGUACCUUCACCUUACUUUCAUCUUGUCUCUCUCAGCUGCAGAUUCUUCACCUAAAUCUUAGUAUUCAGACACAUUUGAGGAAUCUCGAAUACCCUAUGUUAAUAAAUCUCAAGCAGCUGAAGUUGACAGUUAAUCCGAAGGAAAAUCUCAAUCUCUUGCGUUCUAGAAUUACUUAUUUUCUGAAGGUGUCUCCUUGUUUGCAGAGACUUGAGUUAAUGAUGCUGUUCCUUGAUUAUUUUCUGGAUGAAAUGUGUGAAUUUAUAAUCGAACCAGCAAAUUGGCCUCUCGAGGAAGUAGAAAUAUUAGGCUAUUCGGGUACUCCAAAUGAAGAUCAACUUAUCAUCUACUUUGCAGAGAAUUUGGUAGCACUGCAGAAAAUCAUUGUCCAUCCCUCUGCAUUUCGAAACUACAACCCACCUUUCAAACGGAUCAAGAAUAGUAAAACCAUAAGAAAGGAAGAGAAGAUCAGAGAUCAUGCCGUGCAGCAUAUUAAAGGAAAGAUUCCUACUGCUGUAGAAUUAGAAUUUGUUUUGCCUCUGAUAUAUUCUUAAUUCAUCCAGAGAUUUUACUGGUCAUUAGAAAUUAAUAAUUUAAUAAUAACAUGUUUAUGGAGAAUAAUAUGGGAUAAAAAACAUUGCGUAUAUAUGAAAUAAUUGCUUAUAUAUGUGGCUAUUUCAUAUCUUUAGCUA